CGCCGCUCCCGGCGGCUUUCCGGCGCCUGCCCGAGCGCAGCGGAGCCGGGCCCCGGCGGGGGCGGGGGCGGUGGCGGCGCUGGAGCCGCAGCCGGAGGCGGAGGAGGCCGAGGCGGAGCCGUGCGGGGCCGGGGAGAGCCCUCCCGGCGCGGCCAUGAGGGCCGAGCCGCCCGCCUGGGCCCCGGCGGCCGCGCUGCUGGAGGAGGCGGCGGAUCUGCUGGUGCUGCACCGCGACUUCGCCGCCGCCCUGGAGCGCUGCGAGGCGGGCUGCGACAGCCUGGGCCCCGGGCCUGGCUCCGAACCCGGCCCAGGCCCCGAACCCGAACCCGAACCCGGCCCCGAGAGUUUUGCAGAAGUGAAAUGCUCCCUUUGUGUUGUGGGGAUUCAGGCAUUGGCCGAGAUGAACCGGUGGAGAGAAGUUCUGUCUUGGGUCCUACAGUAUUACCAUGAACCUGAACAUCUGCCUCCAAAAGUUCUAGAGCUGUGCAUCCUGCUGUACAGCAGAGUGGGGGAGCCGCAGGUGAUGCUGGAGGUGGGCAGCAGCUGGCUGAGAGCCCAGUCCAACCAGAGGCUGCCUGAGCUGGGGCCGCUGCUGGAGCUGUACCUGGCGCAGGUGCUGCUGCCGCUGGGGCGCUCGGAGGGCGCGGAGCAGCUGGUGCGGGGCUGCCCCUCUCUCGACAGCCAGCGGCAGCUGCAGCUGCUCGGCACCGUCCUGGAGAGCCGCUCCCGCUGGGCUCGGCGCCAAGACACACCUCCCGCUGCUGAGGAGCAGCAGGACCCAGCUGCAGAAUCUCUUCUGGGAGUGCUGUCCCAAAAGCUCCUGACCAUGUUGACAUUGCUGCGUAGAGCACUGAGGUCCAUGUCAAACCACUUCUAUUUACUUCCUUACAAGAAGAUGCUCUUGGCUACUUUUUUGCUGUACCUGGUGGUGGUGAGAUUAGACCCAGCUUCUCCCACAUCACUGCCAUUCAUUUACAAACUGGUCCAGCUCUUCAGACAGGCUUGGGCAGCUGUGCUUUCUCCAAUCCACAGGCCUCCAAUUCGAGACUAAGUGUCUUCCUCCACUGAAAGUCACCUUGUUUUGGGGAUCUUACCAGAAAAUGAUGACCACCUGUGGACUCCUGGAAUUUCUUCAGACAGGGAAUGAAUUUGGAAGCCACAGCAAGUAUUCCUGACAUUUUGCUUACUAGAGUAAAGCCACUCCUUCCAUAUCUGCAACUGAAUAAGAAUCCUCCUUUUCAAACAGUUUGCUUUGGAUGUGUCUCUGGAGUGAGAGUUGUGUAGCCAUUUAUGAAAAAUGGAAGAAGUUCUCAUCCUUGCAAAUGCUGAGCAGUUCUCUGAACAAGUGCAAUAGUGUUCCUGGAGCCAUGACUGUAAAAGGCAACAGAGUACCAGUGGUUAGGGAAUAUUCUGUUUUGCCUGAAGACAUCUGAAAAGCCCAGUUCCUGCAGCAUGGGACUUAGGACAAGUGCAUGGAAGAAAAACACCAGAGAAAGUAAAGCCUAUUGCAUUUUGAAAGCCAUGAUUUCUCUUGUGACUUUUGCCUCUUUGGACAGGCACACUGGAUUUUAAUCAUAUUUAAGCCAGAAAGAUGAGGUGGGUGGGCCACAAAGACAUUUCUGCUGUAUCUACUCUUCUUAAAUGCAAAUUACAGCACUUAGUGCUUGCCUGAUGUAUAGCCAUUCUUAGAAGCACUUGGUGGUGGUAGUGGUAAGGAAAUAGACUUAUUUUUUAAAAUUAUAUUCUAUGUUUUUGUCUUAAGUUGAACAACUGAAGUGGUUGCUUUGUUUUACUCUUUCCCUACCUCUUGCUUUGUUUGUGUAGAUGUCAAAAAGUCUCUCUGUAUAUCUAGAAUUGCUCCCCAAGUCCCCAGUAUCCAAAGUCCUGGGUUAGGUGGGAGUCCUUUAGCAAUGCUCUGUCAUUCAGAACAAAAGUUUAUUUUUCAUAGAAAGAGAUACUUCUUUGACAUCACAAGACCUCCCCCAGAUCAGUGGUAAGAAAAUUGUACAUACUCAGAUUUGUCACCAGACCAACCCCAUUUCUGACCACUUGAGACAGAAAUUGGAGGUUUGAGGUAGAACAUUAAUUUCUCUUCCAUCCAUUCAUCCAUCUCUCAUCAAUUGAGAAAGGGUAAAUUCCAAGGAGGGAGCAUUGAUCUAACAAAGCACUGCUUUCAAACUGCUGUGUGCUGGAGGGGACAAGUUAAAGGUGAGAGGCCACAGACAAAUUUGCCUCUGUCAUCAUCCUCAGCAGCUGUGCCAAAAGGGUGUGAACUCACUGAUGGCAGCCCAAACUACAAAAAGUUGUCAGAGCAGCCUUUUUGGUGGGACCACACCAAAAGAGAGAAGUAGCCAGUGCAGAUGCCAGUGUGGUGUCUCACAGCAGUGCCCUUUGUCUCUAGCAAUAGCCAUACUCCAAGGUAGUAGCUUUUCCUGUUUUCUUCACACCCCUGGGCCUGUUGGUACCCUCAGACUGUGUCACCUGCUGCUUUGCUGCCUGCUGGGGCACUUUGCAAACAAUCUAACCUUCACUACUAAAAGUAGUUGUCUGUUUCAUCUUAAAUUACCCCAAGAAGAGCUACACUCCAGCAUUAUUGUCACACAAACUCAGGCAGGUUAUUCAUGAGUGCAGUAAUGACCUUGCCUAGUUGUCUCAAGAGUUUUUAAAGCUCAAACCAAUCCCAUAUCCCUCCCCAAAGUUUUUGUCUCUGCCAGGACUCUACACCAGGUUAAGUAGCACUUAGUGCUUCUCCAUAUAAAAGAGUAAUUUCUUAUAUACUCUGCACACGCAGAGAGCAGCCUUUGAUGUUGCUGAAUGGUUCCUGUAACCCAAGUGUAAGUGGAAUUACAGCACUGAAACCAACACCUGAUGUGAAAUCAGGUAGAAUGAAACACAGAAGCUCUGUCUGGAGCUGAGCUCUUCCAAAAAAUGACCAGGAUGAGUCUUCUGCCCCCUGCAUUGCAAGGCCUCAGGUUAAAUCUUUUGUAAGCCAGUUAAGGAAAUGGCAAACUUCACUCUGAAGUCAGUUCAAAUUCUUAUCAAAGGUAAUGAAGGUAAUGAACACUUUUUGCUGUAGUCUCCUGGCAUCAUUUUUAGCUGGAUGGCAGAGAUGCUGUUUUGGAGGAUGGUUGGGACCAGUGGUUUCAGCAGGCCAUACAUAGUUUUUGGAAUGCUGUUAAGUGUCAUUUACCAGGACUUUUAACAUUCAACUUUAUUUUAAGUGUAUGUUGGGAACCUUGACUUUAUUGGAGCACAACUGAUUUAGAAUUUAUAUUGUUUUUAAUUCAUCAUGAGGGAGCAAGAAGGUAUAAACAAGCUAUCAGGGUUUUUUGCAAUUAAUACUAAAACUGUAGUAUCUAAUUUUUAUAAUAAAGUGACUACUGAUUUA